AAACCAGUUUUUCUCCUCUUCCAACAGGCAUCACGAAUUUUCUUCUGAUUGAUUCCAGCUCUAUAUGACCUCGAUCUUUUCCCAGGCAAAUGUAAUAAUCCGCAAUGGGCUCAUUGGUCCGCAUGACAUCAUCGUUUCACGAUUUUACUGCGCAUUUUAGUAGCAGUAGUAAUCUCGUGCAGCGUCCACUCACUUACCUUGAACUUACAGGAAUCUAGCCCCAGAUACCUACCUGGAACAUGACUCUGAAUCAUGCAAAAUACUCGCCAGAUCCGCAAGAUCUACGAGUUAAUCUUACUGAAGAUUAGAAGUUGUACACGCCACCAUUCAAGAUCAGCUACAUGUCCUUUAGGUUUGCCUUCUAAUAAUAUCAUUACAGAAUAUACGACCUUACGGGCCGGAACUUCUCCCAGAGUUGGCGCACAUGAUAGUCUUUUGGACUUUUCCUUGAUCUUGUUUCCCCGCGUGCUCUCUUAACCAGAAAAAUUGUGCACUACGGCAUCGGUUUUCUCAAUGCUUCGACUUGUUAUUACCCUCUCGCUUUCAUUUUCCGCAACUUCUGCGCAGCUUACCUCUCCACUGGGUCCUGUCGUUGAUCUGGGAUAUGCUGCUUUUGCUGGUAAUAGUACCCCACCAGCAUCUCCAACCAAUCCAGACACUCCAGUCGUCGGACCUGUUACGUUCUUUGGUGGAGUACCUUAUGCUCGACCCCCGCUUGGUGAUCUUCGCUGGAGAGCUCCACAAAUGUUGAAUGAAGACGCGAAAUCGAGCGGUUCGAUCACAGAUGCACGGAACUGGGGUCCACCUUGCAUUCAGCGUCCAGCUGUGGUGGGCAUAGGAAUCGAGGAUUGCCUGACACUGAAUAUAUGGAAGCCGACCAACGCGACAGCAGGGGACAAGCUGCCCGUAGCUGUAUAUAUCCAUGGCGGGGGUUUUUAUGCGAACUCACCUCAAGGUUUUCCUUUAUAUGACUGGGUGGCUCAACAUCCGACUGGAAUAGUCGGGGUAUCUAUAACUUAUCGCCUGGGAAUGAUGGGCUUCCUUGGUGGCCCGAAGAUCCCCGCGUUCUCUCCCGAUACAGGGAAUGGUGAUCUCAAUGUAGGACUCCUCGAUCAACGUGCUGGAUUGGAGUGGGUUCAAAGGCAUAUAUCCAAGUUCGGUGGCGAUCCACAUAAUGUCGCAAUCUACGGUGAGAGUGCAGGCGGAGCGAGUGUUGUCAUGCAAGUCACAGCGUACGGGGGAACCAAACCAGUACCCUUCAAACGCGCCACGCCUCAAUCUAUUGGCUUUGGACCCACACGAAAUGACUCGCAGAUCGAGCGAAACUUUGCCAACGCAGCAAAGUUUAUUGGUUGUCCUACCACCGGGAGCUCCUCGGAAACUCUAUCUUGCAUGCGCAACGCAUCUCUCGGUGCUAUCGUGAGUGCGAUGAACCGCAUUCCUAACGGCGAAUUCGCUCCCGUGGUCGAAGGACCGGGAGGUUUCCUUCCAGACUUACCUUCCCGCCUGAUCGCUUCCGGUAAAUUCGCUGAGGUGGAGUACAAUGGAGGUCAUUGUACCGGAGACGGGAAGACUUUUGCAAGUGGGAGUCCUGAUCAGUUUGUCACGGACGAAGAUGUGAAGCGGAUUGUGUUUUCGAGAUGGCCUGGGGUGUCGGAGGAGCUCAGAAAUGAGGCUCUGGCGUUGUAUCCUCUCUUGAGUGAAAAUGGCACCUUCCCAACUGAGUGGGAUCGAGCGUGGACUAUGGCUGGGGAAGCUGUCUUCGCUUGCAUGGAUUGGUUCCUCGCUGAAGGUCUGUUGGCAAAAGGAUUGAAGAAUGUUUAUUCGUUCGCCUGGGACGCCCCUGACCGGGUGCUCUACGAUGCAAGACCAUAUCUAGGUGCCAUGCAUACGUCGGAUCUGUACUUUCUCUUUGAUGGAACAAAUACCUUUGGCAAUGCUGGCAACACGUUCACGCCUUUCAAUUCGAGUGAAUCCUUUCUUUCACGAGAAGCCAUCGCGUACUGGACGUCCUUUGGUGCAUCUGGAGAUCCUUCGAGUUCGAAGCUUUCCGGUUCGCCCAGCUGGGAACCCAUGUCCUCACCGGCACAUAACACGAGGGGAAGACUGAGAUUGGCAAGAGGAACUGACAAGACCACCUUCACCGAGAUGGAAGAAAUUUCCGUUGCAGAGAUCGAAAGGUGUACAUUUUGGAUGAGCGAACGAGUGACAGAUCAAACCAUGAUAUAAAUCUUUUUCAAUUCUGCUUUCCUUUUUGGGUUGACGACAAGAGUGUGUAUAGGUCAUCCAGAUAUGUCCUAAUCUUCUGACUUUUGGUGCCUUCCGAAACGUUAGGAGAUUUUAAAGGUAUUGACACCAGUACUAGGAAUACACCUACCACACAGUUGAAGCAACAAAUUUAGUUACCGCAUUCUGGCAUUACGAGUCGGUAUAGGAGCGUUCAAGAGGGGACGCUGAUUAUCGUGCCUUAUUUUUCAUUUUCACAUUCAUAUGUCGGACCAUGGACAUGAGGCG